GCGAAGCUCCCGGGCACUUUAUAUUCGGGAAAAUUUAUUUUCGUUUAGUUUUUAGUGAUAGUUUAGGGUGAAAACAGUGUACAUCAGUGUAAUUAGUGUAAUUUUCGACGGUUAUGAUGUCAUGCUUACGAUUUGAAGGUUGUAAAAUACCGUGGGAGUGCAGCACGAUAGUGACAUUUCUGGGAAGGGCUUUUUUAUGGAGCACAGAAAGAUCUAUAAAAAAUGUCACCAUAAAAUACGUCUAUUUCCUCUGGAUCCGAAGAUUUUUCUCGUAAACUGGGUUUAAAGAUCAGCUUGCAGGGAGAUGGCUGAGGAGUUUUUCCAACGGGGCCACAGCUAUUUCCAGCAAAAUUGCUGGGUGGGUUAUACUUCUCUCUGGUGUGCCCAAGCCAGCAUCCUAGUCGGGCUCAUUAUUAGGAGCCGUCGAGUGGAAGAGAGCACCCGGAGGGAAUGAGAUGGUAUUUCUUCGCAGUCGAAGGAGAGUUAGACGCCCUAAGUUGAGAUGAAAUAGACGUUUUAAAACGCUCAAUAUCUCUGGAAGAAACUAUGCGAGUGCUGAAAUCAGUUGCAUUCCAGAAGUCAAGAAGGAGCCGGAGAAUCCCGAAAGAUGUUUCGACUGAUGGUGAUGCAGCCCGAGAUACUCUGGUGCAACCGGGGAAAAACAUCCAGGAUUCUAGGAUAUUCGUGGGGAGAGGCCAAUCGCAAGCUGCACGGAGACCGUGGGAAAAAGCUCACUGAGAUACUUAGAAACAAAUCACCGAAAGGAUGAGUUACUCUCGCUGUCGUGUACUCACAAUCCUCUUACUUCACGCAUGGAGUGCACUGGUUGUCCUUGGGAUUGACACGUCUCAAGCGAGCAAUGUGCAAACGACACCAGUGGUUUCGGAGCCCUCGGGGGCUUCCGGACCCGACUACACUGGCCCAUCAGCUGGCUCAGAUGAGUGUGAUCCUGAGAUGGUUGGCUUUGAACUAGUCACCGGAUACGUUUACACCGCGCCCACCAACAUGAUUGAGACCAGAGCCGGUACGUUGAUGCUCACCGAGUGCCUCGAGUUCUGUCAAGCUAAUGACUCCUGUCAAGCGGUCAAUUAUGAGACUGGUCUCUGCGUACUAUUCAGCUCCAAUGCCGACAAUAAUCCAGGUGCACUGACGCAAUCUCAGUUCCCCGUAUUCACAAUCUACGCUCAGAAGAGCUGUCUCGCUGUUAAACCGUGCGAGAGAGCAUGGUGCAUCGACAGGGUACAAGGCCACCGUCUUCAGGGUCAUACCAAAAGAAGUAUGACAGCCUCGUCACGUCAACACUGUCUUGAGUUGUGCCUUGGUGAACGAGACUUCUUGUGCAGAUCCGCUAACUACGCAAACGCCUCAAAAGUAUGCGAACUAUCGGACAUGGACAGACUGACAAUUGCCGGUUCCAACGCCUUCCAAAUAUCCAAGGAGUUCGAUUUUCUCGAGAAUCACUGUGUCGACGAACCCGUGAAAUUGUGUGAAUUCAAAAAACUCACUGGUCGUAUACUGAAGACAGUCGACUCUGUCUAUCAGGACAUUGCCACGUCUGAGGAGUGCCGCGAACUCUGUCUGAAUUCACCGUUCCGUUGUCACUCCUACGACUACGGUGACACCGGCGAUAUGGUAUGCAGACUGAGUCAUCACUCAAGAGCAACGCUUUCUGACAUUCAGGAACCGUAUUUAGACGCACCUCAGGCAUCAACUUAUGAACUGAGCUCAUGUUACAAUGUAACCAUCGAUUGUCGAGCUGGUGACAUGGUGGCCAGAAUACAAACCAGUAAACUGUUUAAUGGCAAGGUUUACGCCAAGGGUUCACCAAACUCGUGUGUUCAGGAUAUCAAAGGAGCCCUGGAGUUUGAACUGAAAAUGGCGUACGACGAUUUGGAGUGUAAUGUCAAACAACAGGGACUUGGUAAAUACCUAAACGACGUUGUAAUUCAGCAUCACGACACCAUCGUCACGAGCUCAGAUUUGGGCCUUGCUGUUUCAUGCCAAUACGAUUUAACCAACAAGACAGUAACGAAUGAGGUUGACCUUGGUGUACAAGGAGACAUAAUUCCAGCUCUCUCCGAGGAAGCUAUAGUUGAUUCACCCAACGUUGCCAUGAAAAUAACAGAUCGUGAUGGACACGAGGGUAUGCCAUCGGCUGAAGUUGGUGAUCCUCUUGCUCUCAAAUUCCAAAUUCUUGAUCCAAACAGUCCCUAUGAAAUAUUUGUACGCGAACUCGUUGCCAUGGAUGGCAUUGAUUCGAACGAAAUUGUUCUCAUUGAUUCCGACGGCUGUCCAACUGAUCAUCUCAUCAUGGGUCCACUGUACAAGUCUGGUAAUACCGGAAAGAUUCUGUUAUCACACUUCGACGCCUUCAAAUUCCCAAGCUCGGAGGUAGUGCAAUUCCGUGCUCUAGUGACUCCCUGUAUGCCAAGCUGUGAGCCAGCGCAAUGCGACCAGGAAGAAUCAACCGGUGAAUUACGCUCGGUGAUAAGCUUUGGUCGUCGCCGUCGCCGACGUCACACAACAUCUCAAACAUCGCGUGAGGAUCUUCUCCUAGUACAGUCAAUCCAAAUAACCGAUAAAUUUGGCUUCGAAACAUCCGAUAAAUUAACCGACAACAAUGGUAAUCGUACAUCAAUGCCACGUGACAGCAUUUAUGGUGUUGAGGGUGAGGAUAUAGUAGACUUGAGCGGGCGUUAUGGUUUAUGCGUUAAUGUUGCUGAGGCCAUCAUAGCUGGUGCUUUAUUCAUUGUUGCCCAGAUUAUCAUUAUUGCUGCGUGGACAUUUACAUGGCAAAGACGCAAGCAAAUAUUAAAACACCAGGAGGCACUAUCGGUAUCGGUGUCAGUACCAGGUGCAAUGCAUACGGGUAUACCGAGUCGUGCUGACAGCCUCUGCAAGUUAUAUGACGCUGGUUAUUCGCGGCGUUUCUAAAUAGAGAGAGAGAUAGAGUGAGGAAGUAACGAAACAUGAAGAAUGAACAGAAAUUGCGAUAACCAUCGUAUCAAUAACUAUUUCGCUGGAUCAUUUUAAACCUAUCGUGCCUUUUUAACGAAUCGGCUGGUACAUUUAUUUUUUUUUUUAAUCACUCUGUAAAACGAGAUAAAGUGGACAUUCACUCGGCCACUGCCCCCCGGCCCCUCCAGUGUCCCAAUGCCAGGGGCAGCAGUCGAAAUUGUCCAGAUAAUACGCCCGUACAUGAUGCAUUUGUGUACAGGUGUAUUAUCACAUGGCGGACGCUACGGUGGAACCACUAACGACUCAUUUAGUUAUUCUACUUUUUUUAAUUUCAAGUUUUUUUUUUGUUUUUUUUUAACCCAAGCUAGAGUUUAAUUCAGGUCGAGCUGGAUCAUCAUUGCGCUUGGGCUACCACCCAGUAACACGCACUGUGACGAACCGCUUGACCUGGUUCAACAAUUUAAACUCGUUUCAAGGCUUAUGCUCACUAUACAAUUUAUCGACGAAAGUUUUUUUUUUCUAUGUAAUUUGGUUGAUUGUGGAGGAUGGACUGCAGUGUCCAUUUUGUUCAUUCAUUGUCAGGGCUCCACUGUUGAUAACGCUGCGAUAAACGUGUUUACUAUGAUGGUACGAAGUCAUGAGACUCACGCUAGAUAAUUACACUUUUGCAUUAUUAUCAAUUUUAAUAUUGAAUGGAAUCAGUAGGGGAGUAGUGAAAUGUAACUUUUCAAGGGGAAGGUUCAUGAGGACGAGGGCUUUCACGCGGAGAACCUUCUGGCUUCUCUUCGUGAAUCCCCUCGGUUUCACGAUCAUUCGCGUUGAUGAAUUGAAUUUGAAUUUGCCCUUCACUACUUUGGUACUGAAAUUAGUUUCGCUUCAGUCGUUAGUCUCUGAUUUCAAGUAGUUAUCUCUCAAUGGUCUUCCCCUCGUGUUGCCCAAACUGAGGAAAGUAUAUUAAAUUAAUGCGUAAUGAUGGCGAAAUGAAUCGCAACCGGUGAAUGACAAUAGGCGGAUUUAUCGUUAGAGCCUCCAUAAACAAUAUCGAAGAAAUAAACCUAAAGUGCGGGAACAUACGCGGUUACUAAAAUCCUUCCAUAAUUUUCAAACAGAUUUUUCUCCCUGUAGAAGUUUCAUCCCCUCACGAUUCCUUGAAAAAAGAUAUCUCAAAUAAUCACCUAACGAUGAAAAAGUGCAUUACACCCCGCACAUUCCUGAAGAGUCGAAAAAAAAAUCCCAUAAAUGUCGGUUGGUAUAAUUAAAAAGUUGAACCCAGCGUAAGAACCGCGUACCCAGAGGGGAUGAGGCACUGAAUGAAAGGAAAGUAGGCUCUCGAUAGUUUCUCGUCGACGGUGCGACUUCCAUUUUCUCUGCAUUUUCGGUAUGAGGUACCAGGGAAAAGUGCAAUUUCCACCCGGGGAUCAUAAUUAUUUUGGCUGGUAGUCCUUUAAUUAACGGUCUCAGUGAGUAGACGAAAAAGGGUCGGGGAGUUGAGGUACAUACAGAUAUACUGUGCCCUCUGCCUCGCCCAUCGGCCCAGAAAAUGAAAAAAAAAAAUAAUUUAAAAAAAUCAAAAAAUAGAGUUAAAAAUAUAGAUAAAAGUAAUAGGUACGGCUGCAGAAAAGAGGCAACAUCGUACAUACCCAUUAUAUAUAUAAUAAAAGUCCUUACGUGAACCAGCGCGCGGGGGGUGGA